AUAUAUAUAUAUAUUUGCCGCUGCAAAUUUAAAAUCUUCUGAAUGCAUUUCAAGACGGGGCGAUUGUCCAUCCAGGGAUAAUACUUCAGAGGAUGUUUCGCAUGUCGAGUAUACCUGUCAGCGCAUGUUCGUGGGCGUUUGUGUUGCCAUGUGUUUGUGUGUGUGUGUGUGUGUGUGUGUGUGUUUCCCGGGGGGGGUGUUGAUCAGCCGAGGGCAGUUAAUACAGCCAUUCCAUAUAAAGAGGAGCUCUGUGCCCUGCACAGAAUAGCGUCUAAUCAGCUGUUGAAGAAAGCCCUUUAGCUGAACCGCUAGCUCUGGCAAUGCAAACAGCGGGACUCCAGCUACAGCACAGCAAGCAGAGAGAGAGGGAGAGGCAGAGCAGAGAGAUCGCGUCCGCGUCACAAUGAAUCCGAUCUCAUUGGCUGAUGGGGAUCUGCUUGAGGAGCUGAUGCUGCUGAUGGCUCAGAGCCUGAGCAGCCUGAAGAUCAGAGAACACUUCAACGUCAUCAAGGAGCUGGGGAGAGGGAAGUAUGGGAAAGUGCUGCUGGUCACCCAUCGCUGCAGAGGCACUCCAAUGGCCCUGAAGGUGAUGCCCAAGACCUCGACCAAGCUGCGGGGUUUCCUGCGUGAGUACUGCAUCUCUCUCCAGGUGUCCAGUCACCCCUGCAUCGUGGGGACGUUUGGCAUCGCCUUCCAGUCUGAGGAGCACUACGGAUUUGCUCAGGAGCUGGUUCUCGGAAAAGACCUCUUUGCUGUCAUUGAGCCUGGCGUGGGCAUUCCCGAGAAUGCGGCGAAGCACUGUGCCCAGCAGAUCGCCAGCGCUCUGGAGUUCAUCCACAGCAAGGGGCUGGUCCACCGGGACAUCAAACCCGAAAACAUCCUUCUGCUGGACCGGGCCUGCUGUCGGGUGAAGCUGGCCGACUUUGGGCUGACUCAGAAGAGGGGCUCGCAGAUCCAGCUCAUCUCCGGUACCCUGCCGUACAUGUCGCCAGAGCUGUGUGCCGUGGGAGUCGCCUCCGACCACGACAGCAAGUCAAGAACGAUCCUCAGCGUGGAACCCAGCCUGGACACCUGGGCCUUCGCCGUGGUCCUUUUCUGUCUCCUAACCGGAUACUUCCCAUGGGAACGCUGCACCCCCAGCGAUGAUUUAUACCAAGAGUUUGCCGAGUGGUGCCAAGGAGACCCGGGAGAAUGGGAGGUGCCCUCCCAGUGGAAACGCUUCAGCGACAGCGCGCUUGCCAUGUUUAAGAAGCUGCUGGCACUAAGAGCCCAGGAUCGCUACCCGGUCACUGAGGUGGUGGCUUACCUAGCUGAGGAGUGGGUGAAGCCUCCUGUAGCAGAGAACCGGAAGGAAGAGGAGGCGACGACUGGGGGUUGCCAUGGAAAGGGAUUCAGUGUGUGCAGGACGGCAUCUCACUAUGGAAGUCCAAUGCAAAAAGAUCUUCAGUAAGGAAGGGUUGUUGAAACCCGCAGAGAUACCCUAGAUGGGUGUUUUUAAUCAGUGAAUGGACUGUUCCAUCCCUUUUUUGAAACCAAGGCAGAAAGCUAGUAAAACAAUAUGUAAAGAAAACAAGAAACAAUGAGCCAUUAAAUGGUUCUGAGCAGCUGAAACAAUUACUGGUCACGCUUUAUUUUAAGGGCUGUUUUUUUUUUUAGUUUAUUAACUGUUAACAAACCGCUAAUAAACAUGUUAAUGUAGAUUAUUUAUUUUCUGUUAGUAAAUCAUAUAUAAUAGGCCAGCUAAAACUGCAAACACCAGAGCCCUGUGGAUGAUCAAUCAAACACCAGAGCCCUAUGGAUGACCAAUCAAACACCAGAGCCCUAUGGAUGAUCAAUCAAACACCAGAACACUAUGAUUGAUCAAUCAAACACCAGAACCCUAUGAUUGAUCAAUCAAACACCAGAACACUAUGAUUGAUCAAUCAAACACCAGAGCCCUAUGAUUGAUCAAUCAAACACCAGAACACUAUGAUUGAUCAAUCAAACACCAGAACCCUAUGAUUGAUCAAUCAAACACCAGAACACUAUGAUUGAUCAAUCAAACACCAGAACACUAUGAUUGAUCAAUCAAACACCAGAGCCCUAUGGAUGAUCAAUACCCAGUCGAUCAUAUGCUUGAAAUUGGUUCAAAUUGUUACUGUAGUAAUGUUUAGCAAAUUAAAUCAGGUUUUUAUUAACCCUAACCCUAACACUUAGAACUAAAAAUUAACUAUGUUUGUCAACAGUUAAUAAACUAAAAAACGGCCCUUAAAAUAAAGAGUGACCUUGUUAUUUAUUUCUCUCUGAAAAUGUGUGUUUUCUUAAAAAAAAAAGGGGGUUCCUUGUCUACAGCUGAAAUGCAUUUGAUCUUUUAUUCUAGUUUCAUUUGCCGGUUGUUUUUCUUUGAAAUAAAAAUCAAUAAAAUGAUA